CUCAACGAUUAGGAAUUUCACUCCCUUACACUGAUACUAUUGUAUUUAUAUAUCCAGGCCCAAUUUGAUUCCCGAUUGCUUAUGUAUAUAUAUGUAUAUCCUCCUUAAUACUUCAUAAUUUUAUCGACUCGCACUACAAGUCCCAUCCCUCCCAGUAUCGUGAUAUACUUGCUACUUGCGCUGCACCACCAUGCCAAAUGCCAGCAAUUCCAGCUUCAGUGAUACCGAAAUCACCUUUCCCUCCCUGCAGUAUCUUUUCCUCCGCAAUUUCGACUGUCAUGAGCAAACGUCCACCUUCUUCCAACCAACCUAGAUUUCAUAUUGCGAGCUCGUUACUUUGCGAUGAUAUUCUACAACGACUGGGCCCAUCUCUUAAAAAACAGUCCUCAUGCGAUAUCAUCGACGUCUUCCCCGGCGCUGGACUUCUCUCGGCAAAACUACAUGACUAUCUAAAACCUCGACGUCACCUUCUCAUCGAACCCAACAUUCAUUACUACCAGUCAUUUCUAAAACCGUUGACCGAAGAACCGAAUUCGCGUUAUAAACAUUUACCCUGGGACCCGUUCGAUCUUAAAACCUACGAUGAUCUUUUCCUGCAAGAACAUCUGCCAGAACAAACAAAAAGGCCACCGGUUUGGUCUCAAGACAGUGUAUGUGCUACCAACGACAGCCUACUAGUACUGGCUAAUAUGACUGUGAAACCGCAACAUGGGCAAAGGUACACUCUCCUAUUGCGAUACCUUGAGGCGUGUUUUGAUCAGACAUUGUUUCAUCGGUAUGGGUUAGUACGGAUGAUCGCGCUCCUGUCAUCCGAUGAUGCGGAGGUACUGCUGCCCAGGGUAGUCUCUAGACGCAGAAGAUCUGCUGCUAUUGCAGAGGCUUCCUGUGCAGAUGUAACGGAGGUCGCUGGCGAUUCUGCGCGCGGAUUGUGGCAUUCACAAAAGGGACUCUCAACAUUGGAUAUAAGUAGAAAGCUGGUUGAAAAGCGAUGCAAGGAGAAUUGCACCAUUACUCCUGCCGGGCGCGAUAUUAGUCCUCCGGAGCUCGCCCCAGAUGCGGGCAAGUAUGAAAAGCGUGAAUCUUAUGUACCUCGACCAAAACGGCCAUGGCAUGACACGUAUAUUGAACUGAUGCGAGACCCCAAUCUUCCGGACCUUCGUACACGUGCGCGAAGGGGAAGGCCGCCAUUGAAAAACAUUAAUGGUACUGAUAUGGGUGAUAAAUCAGGUUAUGGUAAAGUUGUCGCCCUGCAUAGGCGUCUCGUGCACGAGAAUCGAGAUGAGGGAUUGUUUAGGAAAGUGGAAUCGAAAGUAAUACAGAUCGAGAAGCUAGAAGAUGAACUAGCCUUGAUGCUAAAGACCAAAUCACCAACCCUCGCCGAUGUAUUGAAAUAUGCAAAGCAAAUUCAUGAGGAGAAGUUGCAAGUUGAGGAGCAGCUCAGCUCGCGCAACAGCGUUGCACUGUCGCGUUUUGAUGCGCUUAUGGAAGAACGAAUGUGUUUCGAUGGUAUUCGGUCCGGCACUAAAACACCUCUUCUUCUCUGGGAUAAACGCCCAUAUGAGCCGCUUGAUGUCGGUUCCGACGAAUUUAUGCCCAACGGCAUGUGCUCGGUCAUCGAUUUUCAACCGAAUCCCAAUUCAACCCCCAUCCAAACCCAACAGCAACACAUCAAAAAUAAAACACUCCACAAAUACCAUUUGAUGAUUCGAGCCUACCGCCACCUCAUGGGCACUAUCACAACACACAAUCAACGAUCUAUUGGCGAUAUUCUGCGGCCAAUGUUUCCCGAUCGCUCAAUGUCCAGUUUGAUCCAAUUAAUCCCCAGCCUCGCCCCAUUCGCGAGGCCAAAAGUCUUUGAAAUGAUCUAUUCAAAAGUAAAAUUGAAGCACUUGCUAUCCUUUUCCGAAACUGCUGAUGUCGACAAGUCCGUCCAAGAGGUCGCACCAGAACUUGCACAAUGCGACGAAAAUUGCUUCGAUUCAGUCAAGGUCCGACAUUUACCGUCCUAUGUCUUGUGGGACAUAAUUGUCCAAUGGCAAGAAUCGUCCGGAGGCUUUGAGGCUGAAUCAGAUAUAUAUAGAGUUCUCGGCGGUGCCCGACUUAAACGGAUGGAAGGAGAAGUUUUCGCGACUGGCUUCGCGUAAAAUCGGAAUAAACGAGCCGAACUCUUGUUCCCUUGCUGCCAUUUUAAUGUCAUUCACAAUCCGCGGGCUAUUACAUCUGAUGAAAAUUGAAACCUACUGCCACCUUGCAAGUGAGGGAAAUAACUUCAACAGUCAAUGGCAUCAAAACCGACAUGGCCAAUCUCAGACGCCUUCCUCAUUAUGGAGCCCUUCUCCAUGCUAUUUACAACAGAUGAAAUUAUAUAUAGAUCUCAUGUCUUC